UCUUAUUUUCUAUUACUUUAACAAAAGUCGACGAAAAAAAAAGUUGGGUCUCGUGGCAUAUUACGUGAAGCGAUAGGAUGCGAUAGGAUGCGCUAAGCCAUAAAUUGUGGUACAUAGGUUAGGUUAGGUAGGUAUCCUCGACGCUCUAACUUUUAACUAUAACCGUUUCUCAAAACUUUUCCCGAUUCUGAGUCAAACCGCACCUGCUUCUGGCUAUACUGGCUAUAAGUAACUAGCCAUUCUUCGUUAUUUCCUACCUAACGUUUGCAUUCUAUAUUCUCAAAUAAAACGAUUACAAAAUCAUGACGCAAGCACAGAACAUCUUCAAGGCUCCCGAGUCCGAACUGUCGGUCUCACCAUCAGCUGCCACAUUUCACUCCCCGCUAUCCAGCUUCGGCGGGGCAUUUCCCCAGCGAGCUCAGCCGAAGCAGCUUAAGCCCUUUAACACUCAAGAUAUUAAAAUCCUCUUGCUUGAGAAUGUCAAUCAGAGCGGUAGAGAUAUUUUGACUGGUCAGGGUUACCAAGUCGAAUUCCACAAGAGCUCAUUGCCUGAAGAUCAGCUCAUUGAGAAGAUCCGGGAUGUUCAUGUCGUUGGCAUUCGCUCAAAAACCAAGUUAAACGAGAAAGUCCUUCGCGAGGCCAAGAACCUCUUAGUUAUUGGCUGUUUCUGCAUCGGUACGAACCAGGUAGACUUGGAGUAUGCCGCUCACCAUGGCAUUGCCGUCUUCAAUUCGCCAUUUGCAAACUCUCGUAGUGUGGCCGAGCUCGUCAUUGCCGAGAUCAUCUCUCUAGCCCGCCAAUUGGGCGAUAGGUCCAAUGAGAUGCACAAGGGCACCUGGAACAAAGUGAGCAACAAGUGCUGGGAGAUUCGUGGCAAGACUCUUGGAAUCAUCGGAUAUGGACAUAUUGGCUCGCAGUUGUCCGUCCUUGCGGAAGCCAUGGGAAUGUCGGUUAUUUAUUACGACGUCGUGAACUUGAUGGCACUAGGCACGGCUAGACAGGUACCCAAACUAGAGGACCUCCUGAGGGAGGCCGACUUCAUAACUCUACACGUCCCAGAGCUACCCGAAACCAAGAACAUGAUCUCUGAAGCGCAACUCAAACAUAUGAAAGACGGCUCGUACCUCAUCAACGCAAGCCGUGGAACUGUGGUUGACAUCCCCGCCCUAAUCAACGCCAUGCGCAGUGGCAAGAUCGCAGGAGCCGCAUUAGAUGUUUACCCGAGCGAGCCGCGCGCAAACGGCGACUAUUUCAUUAACAACCUGAAUGGCUGGGAAGAAGAUCUUCGUAGCCUGAACAACAUCAUCCUCACCCCUCACAUUGGUGGCAGCACCGAAGAAGCCCAGAGAGCUAUUGGCGUAGAAGUCGGCGAUGCUUUAGUUCGAUAUAUCAACCUGGGCAUUACCUUGGGUAGCGUAAAUAUGCCCGAGGUCAAUAUGCGCUUGUUAACUUUGGAGGAGCCCAACCACGCACGAAUCAUCUACAUCCACAAGAACGUGCCUGGUGUCCUCCGUAAGGUGAACGAAAUUCUCGGAAACCACAAUGUCGAUAAGCAAAUUAGCGACAGCAAAGGAGAUCUUGCCUAUCUUAUGGCGGAUGUUAGUGACGUCCAAACGAGCGAUCUAAAAGAGAUUCAAGAUUCGCUUGAAGCACUAAGCUCCCGUGUCUUGACGCGCGUGCUGUAUUAGGUAACAGUUUGUGACGGGUAGCAGACGAAUUCGGAGAAUGCUAAUGAUGAGAAUGUAUUGAGCCAAACAAAUAAUUAUUGCAUGACGGGUAUGUAAAAUUCAACU